UCAGCCUUUUAGGUGCGAGAAUAAAGCCACAAACUCAGUUUGAAGUAGACCUUUGUCUUGUGAACCCCAGUUUUACUGACCUGUUGAUAUAUUCAAAAUGUCCACAAGACCCCGACGCGCUGCAGCCACCAAGAAGCUGGUAAUCGAGCUCUCCGACUCGGAUGAGGAACUCAAUCUUACUGGGAACGAUGAUUACAGGCCGCCGGAGACCAAGAGCCGCAGGAUAGAUCGCGCUGCAAAUGCCCUGGCUGGCGGCACCAAGCGCCAGCGAUGGCCCACAGCCAAGAAUGCAGCGCCUGAGGCAGCAGCUCCCAAGAGGAAGCGGGCCAGAAAGGAAAAAGAAGACGAGAAUGCUUGUCCCAAUGAGACCAAUCCGGAACCGGAAGUCCAGGACGCACCGUCAACUUCGAGCCGUCGAAAAGGACCUGUAGCUAGCUCCUCCUCCGAAGCUCCGGCUCCCAAGAGAAAGCAUGCCAGAAAGGAAAAAGAAGACGACAAUGAUUGUGAUAAUGAGAACAAUCCAGAGCAGGAGAAUGCCCCACCAGCUAUGACCCAACCAGAUGGACCUGCAGCCAGCUCCACCACCGGACGGAGCUCCUUCUGGGAGCGCCGGAAGGUGUGGAACAUCCAUGAGCUUCUAGCCGAAACGGAGAACAUUCAGCCGCAGGCAGCGCGGAAUAUUGUGCAGCUCUUUGAGAACGAAAACACCAUUCCUUUCAUAUGUCGGUACCGCCGAGAUCUGGUGGAUCACAUAGCUCCCGAUCGCCUGCGAGACAUUCGCAACACGUAUACAGAGAUCGUGGAUCUGCGCAAGAAGGCCGAGAACAUCGUCAGUCAGUUGGAGCGCGAAAACGUGCUAAAUACGGAAAUUCGCGAGGAGCUGAUGUGCGCCAAGACCAACGAGGAGUUGGAGUUCCUGUACGCUCCUUACAAGCCGGCCAGCAAGGGCACUUUGGCGGAACGGGCCAAAGCUUUGGGCCUGGAGGAAUACGCCGACCGAUUGCUCUACGGCACAGCCCCAAAAGUGAGUCUCUCGGAAAUUGUGGAUCCCGGAAACGAGGACUUGGCCACGGAAGCAUCGGUGAUGAGUGGAAUCUGCAACAUUAUUAUACACAACAUUAGCAAGAAUACAAAUGUGUUGGAGGAAAUUCGGAGAUUACAAAAUGUGCAUCGGGUAUUCCUCAAGUGCAGCAAGACCAAGGAGUCAAGUUCCAGUAAAGCAAGCAAAAGUAAAGUAUCCAGCGGCAUUGCAGACAAAAAACUGGACAGCUCAAAGUUUGAGAACUAUUUCAACUUCCAGGGAGAUAUUAAGACCAUAAAACCCCAUCAAAUGUUGGCCAUCAAUCGUGCGGAGAAGCACAAGUUCCUUUCAGUCAAAUUAGAGACAAACGACUACCUUAAACGAGAUCUGAUGCGCUUCAUAACAGAUCAGUACAUGAACGAAGGACUGCAUUAUCCUUUGCGAAGGGAGGUGUUUACAAAAUCGCUGGAGGAAUGCUACUUAAAGAAAUUGCAGCCGCUGAUGUGCAGGCAGAUUCGGGCUGAUUUGAAGGAAAAGGCCCAAAAGGCAGCUAUUGAUACAUUUGCCAAGAACCUGAAGCAACUGCUGCUGAUGUCCCCCCUCAAAGGCGAGCGCAUUUUGGGCAUAGAUCCUGGCUACACAAAUGGCUGCAAACUGGCGGUUAUAUCCGAGACGGCCGAUGUGCUGGACACGGGAGUUAUUUACCCCCAUGGUGCCAGGUCCAAUAAGCGGGGAGCCGAGCAAAAACUAGUACAGCUUCUAUCGGAUCACAACUGCCAAAUUAUUGCCCUGGGCAAUGGAACCGCCUGUCGAGAGACUGAGCACUGGCUAACAGACAUGUUCCACUCUGGCAUCCUGGACAGCACGAGCAUUCGGUACAGCAUCGUUAACGAAAACGGCGCUUCUGUUUACUCCUGCAGCGAUGUGGCCGCCAAGGAGUUUCCCAAAAUGGAUACCAACGAAAGGAGUGCAGUAUCCAUAGCGCGUCGCUUAAACGAUCCGCUGAGUGAGUACGUGAAGAUAGAACCAAGACACCUGGGAGUUGGCAUGUAUCAGCACGAUGUCUCCGAGAAAAUUCUGACAGAAUCGCUAAAGAACGUCGUGUCUGAAUGUGUCAGCUAUGUGGGCGUGGAUCUAAAUACAGCCAGUUUAAGUGUGCUCAAGCACAUUGCUGGUCUGUCGGAGAAGAAGGCCGAGAAGAUCAUAGAGUACAGGACGCAAAAGGGACCCUUUCAAACCCGCAAGGAUCUGCUCUCGGUGCGAACUAUAGGCGAGAAAUCCUUUGUCCAGUGCGCCGGCUUUGUGCGCAUUGAACCGCUUAGCGUGGGAGGACGACUACAGAACCCAUUGGACUGCACUUGGGUGCAUCCGGAAAGCUAUAAAGUGGCGGAAAGUAUCGUGGGAGAAUGUGACUUGAAGCUGUCAGAUGUAGGAAAGGCUGGCUUUAUAGCCGGCAUCAAGAAGUUUGCCGAGUCCCAAUCGAAACUCGAUCGCAUAGCCAAGCAACACAAGCUUCCCAUGGAAAGGUUGGAGUUUCUGCUGGUUGCCCUGCAGCGUGAGUUGCUUCAAGAUUAUCGAGCUGACCUGGACAAGCGGCCAUUAUUUAAACAAGGCCUAACAAGGCUAGAUGAUCUCAGCAUGGGCGAUGUAGUUACUGGUGCUGUGACCAACGUUACCCAGUUUGGCGCUUUCGUGGACGUCGGCGUGGAACGCGAUGGUCUCAUACACAAGAGUCACAUGAAUAACAGCGAGCUGAGCAUCGGCGAUCGCAUUGUGGCAUCGGUGGUAAAGGUGGAUCUGCAGCGACGCCAGCUGGGAUUGCGUUUGGAGAAUAUGCUGGUGGAGACGGACACGUCGUUCACUUUCAAGACGGAGGAUUAAAGACAAAACUGCAGGGAUUUAAUGCUUUCGGAAGUAUUUAAUGAUUCAUAUCGUAAUUGUUUGGUUGCUCACAUGAGCAUUCAUAUAUACUAUAUAUAGUUCAUAUAUAUAUGUGUAUAUGCAUAGUAUAACGGCUUUCCUAAGUUUACUCAAAGCUUAUCAGUUAGUAAUAAAUGUUCACAUAAAAAUCACCGUCUCCACGUUCGUCAUCUUGUUUCCCUUC